AUGAACGCUCUCGUAGUUUUUGCUGCACUCAUUGCCUACGCCUAUGCUGGAGGCUAUGGAGGAGGCUUUGGUGGCGGCUUUGGCGGAGGGUACGGAGGCGGGUAUGGUGGUGGACUCGGCCUCGGCGGUGGAUUGGGAGGUUUCGGUGGUGGCUACGGUGGAGGUCAUGCCAUCGCUGUCCCAGUAACCAAGGUGGCCUACAUUAAAAAGCCCGUCGUAAGCGUCGGCUACGUCACGAAACCCGUGGUUAGCUACGUCAAACAGCCCAUUGCCCGCGUCUCCCAUGUGGUGAAGCCUGUUGUGUCCGUCGGACACGCAGUGGUUUCUAGUGGCUACGGCGGUUUCGGCGGUGGCUACGGAGGAGGCUAUGGAGGAGGAUACGGCGGUGGCUACGGAGGAUUUGGUGGUGGAUUUGGAGGAGGCUAUGGCAAAGGCUGGUAA